GUAUUUGAAAGGAUUGAGGGAUAUUAAUCAGAAUUUCCAAUGUGGAGAAAAGGAAAAUUGGGGAGAAAAUAAAAAGAGAAAAAAAGGAAGAAAAAGUCCCUUGUAUAUGUGUUUGUUUAUCUGCAUGACACCAAAUCAUUGAAGAACUAGAGGAAUAGCAACACCCCUUUUCUUUUUGUUUUUCCCCCAAAAAAUUUUCACUUAUAAACAAGAGACUCAGUAGAGAAAAACAACAAAUGUCUAUCGGUUGAUUCUUUUCCCCUCUCUAAUUCCCUUCAUUUCAACUUCCUUUUCAGAUAUAUGCCUUUUAGAUUUCUUUAUUCAUGAUAAAGGGUUUGGGGAUAAGGUUAAGAGCAGAAUUUUUAGAUUGCAUGUGAGAUUUCAGUGAGUUUCAGAUUGUAGAUUAAUUGGUUUGUGUGAAGAGAAAGAGCAAAAGAAGCUCGAAGAUGGCGGCAUCUUCUUCUUCGUCGAUGGCCUUCUUCGGAAUGACAGAAGAAGAUGAAAACCAGAUGAAACAACAGCAUUCCUCAAUACCAACUUCAACCACACAAGCACCACAGAAGAAGAGAAGAAAUCAACCUGGAACACCAAAUCCGGAUGCAGAGGUUAUAGCACUAUCUCCCAAGAGUCUAAUGGCUACAAACAGGUUUGUAUGUGAGGUAUGCAACAAAGGGUUCCAAAGGGAGCAAAACCUACAGCUCCACAGAAGAGGACACAACCUACCUUGGAAGCUAAGGCAGAAGACUACAAAAGAAGUGAAGAAAAAGGUUUAUCUGUGUCCUGAGCCCUCAUGUGUCCAUCACGACCCUUCGAGAGCUCUCGGCGACCUCACCGGCAUCAAGAAACACUACUCUAGAAAACAUGGUGAGAAGAAAUACAAGUGUGAGAAGUGCUCCAAGAAAUAUGCUGUUCAAUCUGAUUGGAAAGCCCAUUCCAAGACUUGUGGUACUAGAGAGUAUAGAUGUGACUGUGGCACUCUUUUCUCAAGGAGAGACAGUUUCAUCACUCAUAGGGCUUUCUGUGAUGCAUUGGCUCAAGAGAGUGCAAGACAACCACCCACCUUCAGCAUCAUUGGUAGCCAUUUACAUGGAAGCAGCAACAUGAGCUUAGGCCUAUCUCAUGUGGGUUCUCAACUCUCUUCAUUACAAGAUCAGAACCAACCAUCUAAUGAUUUAUUACGACUAGAAGGUGCCCGGACCGGACAAUUCGACAAUGUACUUGCACCCAACGUCGGUUCUGCAUUCCGGCCUAUUCAAUCCAUGCCCUCUUCUGCUUUCUUCAUGCCAGAGUCAAGCCAAAACUACCAUGAUCAAGACAAUCAGCCUCAACAUGGGUUAUUGACAAACAAGCCACCAUUCCAUGGACUAAUUCAGCUUUCGGAUCUUCAAAACAACACAAACAACCCUUCCUCUGCUCAUGCCAAUAUGUUCAGUCUCAGCUUCUUUGACAACAACACUAAUACUAGCAACAUUGAUAAGAGCAACAACAACAACGAAAGCAUGUCGUCGGGGUUUUUAUUUUCGAAUCAUUUCAACAAUGCACAUGCUUCUGUUGCCACUGCUGGUGAAGGGUCUAAUCUGCUAUUCUCCAGAAACAUAUUGGGUAGUCAUGCCUAUAAUUCGUCCGUUAAUCAAACCAACAACGUUGCGUCCUCCCAUAUGUCCGCGACUGCAUUGCUUCAGAAGGCAGCUCAAAUUGGUUCAACCACAAGCAAAAACAGUGCCUCCCAGAUGCUGAGAGACUUCGGAAGCUCUUCCACGGCUGGCACGAAAUCCGAUAGACCUCCCCUUGCCGCGAACUUUAGUGGCUUGUUUGGCGACAACCACGAAAGUAAUAUCAAUAAUCUGAUGAAUUCUCUUGCUGGUGGUACUGGUUCCAACAUUUUUGCAGGUGGGUCUGGAGGGGUGAAUGUCAAUGCAUAUGGUGGACUGAGUUUGGAGCAAUCAUCACAAAACAACCAUAGUCCAAGUUUUCGCAACAUGGACCAACCUAAGGUUGGAGGGUCAGAUGGGCUGACUAGAGACUUUCUUGGGGUUGGAGAGAUAGUGAGAAGCAUGAGUGGGAGUGGGUAUUCACAGAGACAUAAUCAGCAGCAGCAGCAGCAACAUGGGAUUGAUUUGAGCUCAUUGGAUUCAGAAAGAAAAGCUGCGCCCAAAAGACAAUGCUUUGGAGAUGGGAACUAUCAAUGAAGAAAGAUGAACUAAUUAAGCCAGUGAGAGAAAAGCAACAAGAAAGUACAGGUAUGUAUGUAAGCUAGUGACAUGUUUGCGUAAACAUUGCACAGUUUUUCUGUUAAAAAGUAGAGUAGUAAUUGGAGUUCAAAUUGAAAAAUUAUUACAUGUUUCGGACUACCAUGACACAAAUAAAUUUUUUAACUUUAUUUUUAUAUUUAUUUGAAUAUCAUGUCGUGAUUAACCCAAA